AUGGUCACCUUACAGCCGACCGCUCGAAUGGGCUGGGAUACGAUCAGUGCCGUUGUGGCACGUAUUCUGGCUGCCUAUCCGGUUUAUUCGAUACUUUUAAGCAUCCUAUCAAUACUUGCGUUGAGUGCAGGGCUUGUAAAUAUUCGUUUGGAACCUGAUAUCCGAAAAUCCUUCUCUCCAGAGGACUCCGAUGCCGGAUACGAAACCAGAGUUUGGUUGGAGUAUUACGGGCUGAAAAUCUAUCCGGAACGAGCAUUUUGCAUUUUCACAGCGAAAUCAGAAAAUGGAAGUAUUCUGCAAGAGGAGGCAUUGAGAGAUGUAGGUUUUAUUGUUGAGAAUAUCUACACUGUGGAUAAUCGUUUAGUGCAAGCGGUUGGGUUGAGAGAUGGCGAUGGUCGAAGGAAUUGUGAUCCACUUUGUGACCUAAAUAGCCCGUUUCAUUUAUUGGCGGUAAGUACAAACCAAACUCGCAAAAACAACGGAACGACUGCAGUUUUCACCUAUCCGGACAUGCCGUAUAGUGGAUUGGACAUAUUUUUAGGCCUUCAUUUCAGUAAUGUGGAUUUUAAACCACCAACACAUCGAAUCAGUUCCCGAUCUCUCGUCCUUUGGUACUUUUCCAGAUCCGAUACACCAGAAGGGAAGUUGGCGUUUAAGGACGCGAUUGACGAGCUCUUCGACCUGUCCAAAAACUCAUCAUCAUUUGAGAACGUCGAAUUCACAAUCUUCAGUGAUCAAGUCGCGAAUCGAGAGAUGAUUCGAGGAGCCAUCGAAGCCACGACUCUCAUGACAAUUGGUUUCUUCCUACUUCUCACUCAAGUCAUCAUCGUUAUCAAAAGAUUAUCAUCUAUCAAAAUGACCGCCUAUCUUGUUGCCACCUCGCUGCUCACCCCAAUGGCGGCUACGAUUGCGUCGUUUGGAGUGAUUUGCUGGAUGGGAUUCCCGUCGUUUUCCAUCCAAUGUGUCACACCUUUCUUGGUGUUGGGAAUUGGUGUCGAUGACGCUUUUAUCUUGUUGCAUCGGUGGAAACAUCAUAUUGCCAUUAGUGAUACUGUAUGGCAAAUAGGGCAAACUUUCAUGACUACCAUACCUAUUUCUUAUAUCUCAAAUUUCAAUUAUUUUUCAUUCCAGCCCUCGCCGUCUGGAACAAGUCAUCGUCGAUGUUGGACCUUCCAUCACAAUCACAUCCUUGACCAACAUCAUUGCAUUUGGAAUCGGAUUCUUCACACCAACACCCCAAGUGAGCUUUCUCCCUCUUCGGUGGGCCAUGCUCAGAUCUUCCAUGUUUUCCAGAUGUCUCUGUUCUGCCUGACCGCUUCAUUGGCCCUUCUCCUCGACUACAUCUUCACCUACACCAUCUUAGCGCCAAUCGUUUUUCUCUGCAACGAUCCCACCUACCAAUCGGUUCCCAAAGACGAAACCAUCUCAAAAGCGGACACAUGGCUUGCAAAGUAUUCGAGAUUUGUGUGCUCUUUGAGAGGACGGAUUGUGUGCAUUUUUGUGCUUAUUGGGAUGUAUGGAUUGACAACAUAUGGAGUUAUGACUAUGAGAACAACGUUCGAGCCCGCUAAAGCUUUCCCGUCGAAUUCGAAAUUGGUGGAUUCGUUGUCGAAUAUUAAGCCCGUCUUCAACCGAUAUUUCCCAAUCACAGUCAUUGUUAACAACCCACCAAACAUUUCCAAUGAAAUCGAAUACGAUAGUUUCCACAAUAUGAUGAAUCGUCUGGAGAAUGUUCCUGGCAUCCGUGGCGACAAUCGAAGUUUGAUUUUCCUUCCACAAUACGAAGCCUACGAUAAGCUUGCGAACUCCUUCUCGAUUCUUCUGGGAGACAAGUACCGCCCGUCUUAUGAUAGUCUGCCAAAUUGGAUGGAUGCGAUUGGAAAUCCGCCGCUCGUUAAGUAUCAUUUGGAUGAGAAGAAUAAAACCGUCGUCACCUCAUUCCGUUUAACCCUUCUCGGCAAGGGAAUGUCCGAGUGGGCGGAGCGAGCAAGAGCCAUGCAACACAUCCGAACUGUGCUCCGCGAGGAGCAACAAUUCAACGCGACACUUUUCGAUUGUGAUUCGGCGAUUCUGAGCAUCAUUCUGACAGUGGGAACCGAUUUGAUUGGCUCGAUUGCGGUUACUGUAGUUUGUAUGGCAAUUGUGUGUUUUGUGUUCAUCGCGAAUUUCAAUGCUGUGGCUGUGAUAACCUCCAUUAUUGCCAGUAUUUGUUAUGCUGGAAGGUUCCCUAGUGAACUCCAAGAUCACAACUCCGAUCCUCCCAAUACUAUGAACGCCAUCUACGGAGAAAACCCCCGAUCCUCCCAAUACUAUGAACACCAUCUACACUGCCAUCCUGGUCGCUUCCACUCUUGCCUAUUCGGCUGUCUACUCGUCGGCGGUCUCUCCCUGUGGGGUGCGGAUUUGGAUCCAGUGAUUCAAGUCGACGUUCUUCUUGCCACUGGAUUCUCGGUCGACUACACCGCCCAUGUCGCCUACAACUACUUCCGAGCACGAGGCUCACCACAAGAACGUGUCUACAGUAGUCUCGCUGAGAUGGCAAUGCCGAUGUGUGAAGCGGGUCUCUCCACGUUCCUUUGCAUGCUCCCACUGAUCUUUGUGCCAACCUAUGCGAUUGUGUGCUUUGCAAAAACCGUAUUUUUGGUUGUCGCUAUUGGUCUCCUCCAUGGUCUCUUCAUUCUCCCCGUCGUUCUUGCUCUUUUCUCAAGAAAUUCAAUUGAUGAAAAAGAUACUCCACCGCCAGCGGCAAUCACAUUUGCAGCCGAUCAACCACUAGUUGACAAGAAUCUGGAUGCUGUCUGA